CAUGUGUAGAGUCUUCAAGAUAUUAACACAGCAGUUUUAAUUAUAUUUGUCAGAAGUACUGUUCUUUGUGAAACAUUUCUGCAAAAAACCUAGUACACCUUAACGGUAUUUUCAGCGCUCAGCGCAGAGAUUUCAUGAGUAGUUUCUGCAAUCUGGGAAAAUAUGUAAGAAGCUGUAGGCCAUUUCACUGCAACAGCUUUUUAGCAGAGUAUGGCACAAUCUUUUGACCAUGGAAAUGUUGUAAGAGUCAGACCUAAAUAUAACUAACGACCACCCUCUUGACUUGUGAGAGAGAGCGCGUGCGCUCGUGUGAGGAGAGAGAGCGCGCGUUACUUCAGCAAGUGUCACACCAAAACAGCGAGUUGAGAACACGCCAACAACGCUGCAAGAUGGAGGAGCAUUCUGUUGUAAAAAAGCGCUCUGUGGCUGAACUAGCUGGAAAAUUCAGUUGUCCAAUAUCCCAUAUGACAGACACUGAAGUGAACAAGCCUGUGAGGAGGAGACCCCCACGCUCUCUGCCGCUGCCUGCUGGUAAUGACGCAGGUCAAGGCCAGGAUGAGAAAGGAGCCGAAACAGUAUCAACCAGGAAGAACAGAAAUUCUGCCCUCAUUGAGAAACUGCAGGCCAGCCUUACACUUUCUCCCACGGGACCUCCACCCUUCCCAAAGAGCCCAGGAGUGGUGAAGUUACCGGUGCCGCCCUUCUUCCCCGGCUCUCCCAGCAGCCCCUCUAGUCCUCCUGCAGCUGUCACACCCAAAAAGGAGGAAACUCCUGCCAGCUUUGAGGGUCCCGCCGAGGGAAAUGUUCUCAAAAGCAUCAACAAGGGUAGAGCUCGACAUUCCAUCAAGCGGCGCCCGCCGUCUCGCCGACACAGGAAGUCCAGUGCAGAUGAAGGUGGAGAAGAGGUGGAUAAAACAGCCACCCUCGAUCAAACGACUCCAAAUGGGCACGAAGGAGACGUUUUUGAAGAACACAAGACAUCACCAGACACAGAAUCUCUCUCCUCUAGAGAACAGAUUGAGCAGGAAACUAAAUCCACAGAUUCUGAGAAGCCGGAACUGGAGGAAAAAGUGGAGACUGUGACUUCAGAAAAGGAAGAGGGAGAAGAGAAACAAGAGAAAACAGAGCCAGAAGAGAAAACAGAACCAGAAGAGAAAACAGAACCAGAAGAGAAAACAGAACCAGAGGAGAAAACAGAACCAGAAGAGAAAAAAGAGAAAACCGAACCAGAAGAGAAAGAAGAGAAAACAGAACCAGAAGAGAAAAAAGAGAAAACCGAACCAGAGACAAAGGAAGAGACAAGCGAAGAUGAACCACAGCUGGCUAACAGUACAGAAGAAACAUGUGAAGAGCCAGUCACGCAACCACAAACAGAACCUGACACGACAGAUGAGAAAGAAGAGGAACAGAAAGAAAAUGAAGUAAACCAUUAGAGCCAAGAUUGCAAAGUCUCUAAAUGGAGGAAAAAGUCAGAUCUGUCUCAGACCGAAGAACUCACUGUUUAACCAAAGCAAAGACAUCAAGAGAAGAUGAAUAAUGUGAAUAACUUGGUUUUAGACUUCAAACAUUUGAGUCGUUUGAAUGAGCAGGUGAAACCUGCAGGUGCAGAGAGCAACAGUAUUUUCUCUUAGUUUGGUUUGAGAAAUACUUUUGUAUAUAGUUAAGAAAAUUUUUUAUUCUGUUUUUGUUUAUAGUUGUAUUCCUAUCAAAAAAAAUAUGAAUAGUUGAUAUUUGCAGAAAAUAAAAAAUAAUUUCCACAUUU